AUGCUUUCAACCUCUCUUCUGAAUGGAUCUAAUGGCAUUUUUUUAGGGAACACCACUGGUCCAAAUGUCAAAAACCAUAAAAUUGGAAUACUUAAUGAUCAUUUGAGGAAGUAUUUUUUACUACCAAAAGUCGACAUGUCCUGCAAUAUAAGAAAAGCGAAAAUACCGAGCUACGUGUAUGAAGAGAUUGAGAAGAGGCAGAGACAAGCCGGGUUAAAAACAUUCAUGGCUCGGAGGGGCGUUGAUUGGAUUUCUAGUACAUGUAGUAUCAACGCGGGAAACAGUCGGAGAAGUGACCAAAACAUGGAGAAGAACAAGCUGCGACAGUUAGGAAUAUCUGAGAAAAAUGCAACCAUCGGAAAUAGCUGAAAGAAUACAUAAUUAUUUGUGAUGAGCGGUUCCUUGUUGACUGCAAUUUCACAAGUAGCGUUUAUAUCAAGAUCUUCAAGGCCAGCGCUACAUUCAAACCAUGUUAGAAGGCGAAGCAACCACUAUUUCUAUCUUGUUCACAGCCCAACAACACAACGAUGCACUUAUUUGUUUGUUUGCAUCGCGUCAAUGUGUCCUGCACCGGUGAAGGAGCAAAAACCUGUGAACAUGUACAAAGCUAUUCCGUAGCAAAACUGAUAUAGCAACUCUUAUCUGCCGUGCAAGAAUUACACAAAGAAGACGUAACUUGACUUGAGGGCAAGCCUAAUAGUAACUUAGUAACAAGACAGUUGUUCUAUAAACUUUGUUAGAGGAAAUACCACGAAAAUAAACUAUACGGCUAUUUAAGUUAUUGUUUGUUUAUGUUGUAAAGAGGGCCUACCCUUAUUUCUAUAGACCAAAAGAAGUAUACACUAAUUCUGUUUCUUUCUGUUUAAAUGCCCAACUAUUUCACAGAUCUGUGCAGCAACAAAACUGCUUGGAUUAUUGUUAUUGUUUCAAUAUCAUGACAACCUUUGUCUCCAUAAAUGACCAGACAACAUUGAAAUAAAUGGAAUGUAAAUAAGGUGUAUUCUUUUUGGAUAAGAGGACCAUAAAAUGUAAGAUAUGGCAUCAUUAGACGCCUUGCGUUCAACCUUUUUUAUGCCUAGUUUCGGAAUAAAUUUAAAUAGAACAUGCAUAUGUUUAGCGAACAACAAAUGUUCCUACUGACGGAUCCUAAAGCUUUUUCUAUUUUCAAUAAACCCUGCUUAUAAGCCAUUUUCAAGUUACAAACCGUAGGUGUUUCUUGCA